AAUUACCAACUAGAGAGGAUAAAAUUAGAUAAAUGUGAGACAAUAAACAACUUUUGGCUAAUUUCUUUCCUUGUUAUUAUUCCCUGUGUUUCAUAGGGAUUAUUUACAGUUGUCUCUCCUAUGCAAAAAAAGUAUCCAAAGAUGCCCAACUCUACCACAGUGACUGAAUUCCUGCUUAUGAGGUUUUCUGAUGUGUGGGAUUUCAGAGUCUUACACGCCAUGUUAUUCCUAUUGAUGUACUUGGCAACCCUGCUGGGGAACCUUCUCAUUGUCACAGUAACCACUCUUGACCAGAGUCUUCACACCCCCAUGUACUUCUUCCUUAGAAAUCUGUCUGUCCUGGACAUGUGCUACAUUUCCGUCACCGUCCCCAGGGCUUGUGUCAUCUUCCUGCUUGAAAACAGGGUGAUCUCCAUGGUUGGAUGUGCAGCUCAGAUCUUCCUUGUGGUUUUGUGUGCCACCGCAGAACUGCUUUUCCUCACCAUCAUGGCCUAUGACCGCUAUGUGGCCAUCUGCUAUCCCCUUCACUACCCUGUGAUCAUGAAUCUUCGUGUCUGUGUCCAGAUGACACUGAUCUCUGUAUUCAGUGGUCUGAUCUAUGCAGGUGUGCACACUGGCAACACAUUCCGGUUGUCCUUCUGUCAGUCUAACGUGAUCCAUCAGUUCUUUUGUGACAUCCCCCCUUUGCUGAAGCUCUCCUGCUCUGAUACUUUCAUUAAUGAGGUUGUAAUUUUUUUCUCUGCAGUAGUGAUUGUAGGUGGCUGCUUUAUCCUCAUCAUCAUAUCUUAUAUUCACAUAUUUUCAGCUGUGAUAAAGUUUCCAACCAGAAGAGAGAAAGGAAAAGCCUUUUCCACCUGUGUACCUCACAUUCUUGUGGUGACAGUCUUUUCCAGCUCCCUGAACGCUGUGUAUAUGAAUCCAACCUCCAACUCACCAACAAUUCAGGAUAUGAUCAUUUCUGUUUUCUACUGUAUAGUCCCUCCUUUCCUAAAUCCUAUCAUCUAUAGCCUUAGGAACAAGCAGAUAAAGGAGGCUGUAAGGAGAAUUAUGAGAAGAAUAUUCUACUCAGAAAAAUAAUAAGAUCAUUAUUUUAAGACAAUCCUACUUUGAUGAGGCGUGUUGAAAAAUGUUUCAAAAUUAGAUUCCUUGCCUAAUUUCAAAUUUGAGGGACCUGACU